CGGCCGGCCGGGCCUCCCAAGAUGGCGGUGUGCGUGGCGGUGAUCGCCAAGGAGAAUUACCCUCUUUACAUCCGAAGUGUCCCCACAGAGAACGAGCUGAAGUUCCACUACAUGGUGCACACAUCCCUGGAUGUGGUGGAUGAGAAGAUCUCUGCAAUGGGGAAGGCUCUGGUGGACCAGAGGGAGCUCUACCUGGGCCUGCUGUACCCCACAGAGGACUACAAGGUAUAUGGCUACGUGACCAACUCCAAGGUGAAGUUUGUUAUGGUGGUGGAUUCCUCCAACACGGCACUUCGAGACAACGAGAUUCGCAGUAUGUUCCGGAAGCUGCACAACUCUUACACAGACGUGAUGUGUAACCCCUUCUAUAACCCAGGGGACCGCAUUCAGUCCAGGGCCUUUGAUAGCAUGGUGACAUCUAUGAUGAUACAGGUCUGUUGAGUGAGAAGAUUGCUGCCUGUUGAUUGAAGAGAAGUGUUUUGUACAUAACCGUAUUGUGUAGAUGUGUAUUUAUUAUCAUUUACCUCUUCCUUAGUGUCACAUAUGUGUCACGUGGUGUGGUGCAUGUCAAUUAAAGAUCUUGUAACAUCA